AUGGCUACCAACGGGACCAACGGGGCUAACGGCUCCUACUAUGCGGCUCACAACUACCACCCCCUGCCCGUGGUCUUUGCCCGCGCUAAGGGCACCUCCGUCUGGGAUCCCGAGGGCCGCCACUACCUCGACUUCCUCUCUGCUUACUCCGCCGUGAACCAGGGUCACUGCCAUCCCAAGCUGGUUGCGGCUCUAGUUGAGCAAGCCUCCCGUGUGACCCUGAGCUCUCGCGCGUUCUACAAUGACGUCUUCCCCCGCUUUGCCCAGUUCGUUACCAGCUACUUUGGUUUCGAUAUGGUCAUGCCCAUGAACACGGGCGCGGAGGCCGUUGAGACUGGUAUCAAGAUCGCCCGUAAGUGGGGUUACAAGGUCAAGGGCAUUCCCGAGAACAAGGCGAUCAUCCUGUCUGCGGAGAACAACUUCCACGGUCGUACUUUCGCCGCCAUCUCCAUGUCGUCCGACCCCGAGUCCCGUGAAAACUACGGACCUUACCUGCCCGGUAUCGGUAGCGUCAUCCCCGGCACUGAAAAGCCCAUUGCCUACAACGAUAAGGCUGCCCUUCGUGAAGCCUUCGAGGCCGCCGGCCCCAACCUCGCUGCUUUCCUGGUCGAGCCCAUCCAGGGUGAAGCUGGUAUCGUUGUCCCGGAUGUGGACUACCUGCAAGAGGCUCGCGCGCUUUGCGAUAAGCACAAUGUCCUCUUGAUCUGUGAUGAGAUCCAGACUGGUAUUGCCCGCACUGGCAAGCUCCUCUGCCACGAGUGGAGUGGCAUCAAGCCCGAUAUGGUCCUGCUGGGCAAGGCCAUCUCCGGUGGUAUGUACCCCGUUUCAUGUGUUCUUGGCCGCAAGGAUGUCAUGCUCACCGUCGAGCCCGGCACUCACGGUUCCACCUAUGGCGGUAAUCCUCUCGGCUGCGCUGUGGCCAUUCGUGCUUUGGAGGUCGUCAAGGAGGAGAACAUGGUUGAGCGCGCCGAGACUCUUGGCCAUAUCUUCCGCCAGGGACUGGAAGAUCUGAAGAGCCCACUGAUUCAGACUGUUCGUGGUAAGGGUCUGCUGAAUGCUAUUGUCAUUGACGAGUCCAAGACCAAUGGCCGCUCAGCCUGGGACCUUUGCAUGCUGAUGAAGGAGAAGGGUUUGCUGGCCAAGCCCACUCAUGAGAACAUCAUUCGUCUGGCCCCGCCGUUGGUCAUUACGGAGGAGGAGAUUGCACAGGCUUUGAAGAUCAUCAAUGAGGCCGUGACUGAGCUUCCUACCCUGAAGGGCAAGAUCGGCGGAGAGCACUAG